AUGAGGCAUCGCAGAGGCAAGCUGUCAGCAUCUACUGACCCCAACUAUGAGUCUAGGAUCCAGGCUGCACUCGUGGACAUCGCAAAUGGCACCUGCAAGAAUAUUACAGUAGCUGCAAGGGUACACGAGGUCGCGCGGCAGACUCUUAAAGACCGUAGCAAGGGUCAGCAUAUGUCUUGCAAGGAUGUUGCCAAGUCGCCGCAGCUCCUCCAGCCGUCUGAAGAAGAAGCUACUAUCAAGGAUUGGCCAGUUCAUGAAUCUGGUGCCGCAUGCCCUGUGCACCCUCGUGAUUUACGUGCCCAGGCUAAAGAGAUCAGUGGAAAGCUUCCCGACAGUCCCGUAAUGACUUCAGGGAGCUCACUCGUCACACGCUCAAUUUCGACUGGGCUGCAAUUUGAAUUUGGAUCUGCAAGUAUUCCCGCAGUCCUGUCAUACGAUGAAGUGAUGAACGGUGACCGUGAAGACUUGUGGAAGAACAUCCAGCUUCACUACAGUCAGAACGAAAAAUUGUUCGAGAUGUAUUGGAUGCAGAGUGCACGACUCGCCGCUGUAGAAGCUCACUGCGCUCUCGUGAGCUAUCAAAUUUUGAUGCUGAAUGAACGGUUGACGAAUAAGACCCAGAAGAAGCGUCAGAAGUCGAAGAAACUCAAUGCCCGUUUUUUCACAUACCCGGAGUUCAAAGCAGCCUCCGAGGCUGAAAAAAUAGAGCGUAUCGAGAAGUAG